CUCCCAUCUCAUGAAUAUUUAGUAAGAGGCUUGGGCUGCGUUCGUCUUUUGACAGGUAGCCGUAAACGGAAGCGGAAAUUUCCGCUAGGAUCUAGAAAAGCCUAUCAUCGUUUCUCCCGUUCAUUCUCCCAUAAGAUCUAUAGGUCAUAAAGGUACCAUAGGGAGAAGCUCAUGGACUGAAGUGCAUGUCAGCAAUUUGAGAAACUCGGUCAACAGCCAUUCCUACAUCCUUUAUUUAGCAGGUCUAGGACAAAACCACCAUCAUGACUCACUCAAUGCUGCGGCGGCAACUGAAAAAUCUGGUCCAGAAUUUCUCUGAGGCAGAGGUCAAGGUUCGAGAAGCGACUUCUAAUGACCCCUGGGGGCCAUCAAGCUCCCAGAUGGCCGACAUCUCGGAUCUAACCUACAAUGUGGUGGCCUGUAACGAGAUUGUGGGCAUGCUCUGGAAGCGUCUCAAUGAUGACAAGAAUUGGAGGCACGUGUACAAGUCUUUAACUCUUCUUGAAUAUCUGUUGAAAACGGGUUCUGACCGCAUCCCUCAACAGUGUGAGGAGAACAUUCACAUUAUCAAGGCCCUAACAGAAUUUCGCUUCACAGACAAGGAUGGAAAGGACCAGGGAGUGAAUGUGAGAGAAAAGGCUAAGAUAGUGUUGGUGCUGAUUGAGGAUGAGGAAAAGCGGAAAGAGGAGAGAGAUUUUGCUUUGAAGACAAAAGACAAGCUGACAAAGACUCCCAAUGCAUCCUCCGCUAUUGGACCAGAAAAAGAAAAGCCAGAGAUCCCGCCAUAUACAGGGCUGCCCUCCCUGGACAACAUCCCAUCAGUGGCCGACCUGACCGCCGCUAUGGCCAAGAAGAAGGAGGAGCAGAAACGUCUGGAGGCCGAGAGGAAAGAGGCAGAGAGACGGGCAAAGGAGGGUGACACAGAGCCAGAUCUUUGGGAAAAAGCAGCACCUCCGUCCAGCUCUGAUCCCUGGGGAGCCCCAUCUGAAGCAUCCAACGAAUCCGCUCCUGCUACCAACGACCCCUGGGGGGCACCGUCUGCUGAGGUGAAGGAAUCCUAUCAAGCUACCAAUGAUCCUUGGGGUGGAUCUGCUGAUGGGACAAACGGAUCCGCACCUGCAUCCAGUGAUCCAUGGGGAGCAUCUGCCAGUACCAAGAAUGAUUCUCCACCUGCUUCCAGUGAUCCUUGGGGAGGAUCUUCGAAUGCAGAAAAAAGUUCUCCACCUGCUGCCAGUGACCCAUGGGGCAACUCUGCUGGAUUUUCAGAGGAUAAAGCCCCGUCAGCAAACGAUCCUUGGGGGGCCCCAUCUGAAACGGCGAAAGACUCUGAUGCAGCCGUGUCAGAUCCUUGGGGGGCACCUGCGGAUAGUGUGCAGGAUUCAGCACCUGCAGCCUCUGACCCCUGGGGGGCACCAUUAGAAGCAUCAUCAGCUACAUCUGAUCCAUUUGGUGAUGGUUCAAAAGCAGAUAAUGACCCUUGGGGCACAGCAGCUUCUUCACCCCCUACUGCAAAUGACCCCUGGGGUGCCCCAUCAGCUCCAACUGGUGACCCUUUCGGUGAUGAAGGCAGAUCAGAUCCAUGGGGUGCUUCCUCUGAGAACGGUGACACUGCUACAAAACCUGCUGAGGAGACCAAAAAGCCGGGGUCGUUCCUUGGAGAAGGUGCUUCAUUGGUGGACUUGGACUCUCUUAUGUCAGUCAAGCCCAAACCUAAACAGCCCCCUCUCAAUACCAUCCCCAUCCAAAAAGCCCCGGGAUUUUUGCCAGCCGCAGGCAUGACCGGGCCAUUGGGCGGCAGCGUGUCCAAUGCAAGUGGUUCAACAGCACAGCCUUCAAACCCAAAUUAUUUUGGUUUUAACUCCAUGUCACCUUGUUCCAGUGGCCUGUCAACCCUAAACACAGCAUUCAGUGUGCCUGCCGCCCAUAUGGCGUCUCCAAGCCAGAAUACAAGCCUUUCAGCUUUGACCAUGUCCAACAUGGGAUUUUCCAUGCCUAACACUAGAAUGCUUCAACCCAGCACUGCAGGCACUCUUAUUGGUGAGUUAUCUGUUAUGUCCCUCACAGGACCGGCUACCCAACAAGUUCCAGUUCUUCAGCGACCUCCAUUGCUUUGGGGCACUGGAACUGGGGCGACUGGGAAAGGCAAUAGCAUUUUUUGAGUUCUCCAUUCAGCAUCCAUUGAUCCCUAGCCUUCUCCUUUCCCCAUCCACUUCAUCAAUCCUAGCUGAUUAUGUGUGUGUAUAAGUGUGUGCAAAUAUUUAAAUAUUAAUGAGCAACAAUAUACUGUAAGUAUAUAAAACAAUAUACUUUGUUUUUUUUUUGGGGGGGGGGGGGGGGCAUGCAUACCCAACCUUUCCAAUAUGAUGGCCUGAGAAAUUGAAGCAGGAGAUGUUUUAGAAUACAUAAAGGUGUCGUUCUUAAACGUAUUAGGAAAGCUGUCAUACUGUAUCUACUAGAGCAGAUUUUGGAUAUACACUGCUGUUCAAAAGAUUGGGGUCAGUAUUAUACAUAUUAUACUUUUGUUCAG